GAAGCUAUAAAUUAUGCGAUGAUGGAAAAAACCUUUAAUAUUGUUGGUUUACGUCCAACGCAAAACUGUUCUCUUUAGCUGUUAUCUAUUAAAGCGCAUGUAAUUGUUUUUCUGUGAUAUAACCUGUCUGUUGUAUUGCCUGUCUAUAUUGUGUAAUUCAACCGAAUCGUAUCCUCAUGACGCUGGAGAAGAGCUAUAUUGGCUGAGUUAUGUUUUUAUUUUUCAACAUCAACAACAAAGAGACAGAUAAUGAAGCUCAACAAACAAAAAUCCCCACAAGCAGAAAAGGAAUUUGGAGGGACUUUGGGUGCCACCUGCAUCCCUGUCUUCCUGCCCCUGACGGUGCUUUACCUGCUGUGUGUAUGUCGCUCCCCUGCGGCCAGUGUGCUCCAGUGGCCCCCUGUCCUGCCCCCCACAGACCAGCUAUGGGACCCCCUGGCCCCUGUUCUCAUGCUGGGCUGGAUGGCCCUCCAGAGCUUCCUUUACCUGCUGCCUAUGGGGAAGGUGUCUGAGGGGAUGGUGCUAAAAGAUGGAUCGAGACUCAAGUACCCCAUAAACGGUUUUCAUGCCCUUUGCGUCACAGCUGUGCUGUUGACAUUGUCACUAUGGCUGGGGAUGCCUCUGGGGUAUCUAUUUGAACUGUUGUUGCCCCUGGCAGUGUGUGCUAUUGGGGUGUCAUUCCUCCUCUCCCUCUACCUCUACAUAUGCUCCUUCUGGGCCCCUCACCAUGCCCUUGCCCAGGGGGGAAACACAGGAAACCCCCUGUAUGAUUUCUUUAUCGGACGAGAGCUGAACCCACGGAUUGGAAGCUUUGAUCUGAAAUACUUUUGUGAGCUGAGACCAGGUCUGAUUGGCUGGGUGGUGAUUAACCUUGGGAUGCUGAUGAAAGAGGUGGAGCUACGGGACUCCGCUUCCCUGGCCAUGAUACUGGUCAACAGCUUCCAGCUGCUCUACGUGGCAGAUGCUCUGUGGAAUGAGGAGGCUGUGCUGACCACCAUGGACAUAGUGCAUGAUGGCUUUGGGUUUAUGUUAGCCUUUGGGGACCUGGCCUGGGUUCCCUUUACCUACGGCCUGCAGGCUGCCUUCCUGGUGGUGCACCCACAGUCCCUUAGUCCUCUGGGAGCCACGGCUAUAGUCACAUUGAAUGGUGCUGGGUAUUAUAUCUUCAGAAAAUCGAACUCCCAGAAGAACCAAUUCAGACGGGACCCUACGCAUCCCAGUGUUGCAAACCUGGAGACUAUUGCCACAGCAACUGGGAAGCGCCUUUUGGUGUCUGGCUGGUGGGGCCUCGUCCGCCAUCCUAACUACCUAGGAGACCUUCUCAUGGCCCUGGCAUGGUCCCUGCCAUGUGGAUUCAACCAUCUUCUUCCUUACUUUUAUGUUGUGUACUUCACUGUCCUGCUGAUUCACCGAGAGGCACGUGACGAAAGGCACUGCAGGGCCAAGUAUGGCCUGGCAUGGGACACCUACUGCAGACGCGUGCCCUACAGGAUCUUCCCCUAUAUCUACUGAGCUAAGCUCUACCGAAGCAGUCGGGGCAUAGCCGGGGCCCGGGAGCAUGCAAGGGAUGUGCACUGCAUAUGAUAGCCAGCUGUGUUGUAUAAAGUGCACUUUCUGAACCUCAACAGACUACACUGAACAAAAACGACUGAAAUGCUGUCUUUUCUCUGUCAUAAAGAAUAUGUACUUUAUAAGGGAUUACUGUGGAGAAAAUGGCCCUUCUGACUGGAUAAACUGGUCUGACAAGCUGACACUUUGGCCCAGCAGCUUUACCAGUUGUUCACAGUAGUGAUGUCUUUCUAGUGAGUCUCAAACACGAUCAAUCUUGAGCAUUAGCUUUCGUACUAAUCUUUCCUUUCUUCCUCAAGAUUGGACACUAUGGGCCGGUUUCCCAGACACAGAUUGAACCUAGUCCUGGGCUAAAAAGCAUGCUCAAUUGGGAAUCUCCAUUAAAAGUGCUUUUUAGCCCAGGAGUAGGCUUAAUCUGUGUCCAGGAAACCAACCCUAUACUUUAUUUAAAAUGAUUAGUCAGUGGCAGGUCUGGAAACAGUGCUGAACAGAUUAGUCACAUUUCAGUAACUGUGUGAUGUAUUAGUAGCACUGAUCUGAAAGAUAUUCAAAUUAUCAUCAUGACAAUUUACAUGUAUUGAAAUUAAGGUCAUGUUAGACUUCAUUGAGAGUGACUGAGUGUUAGCCUAUUUCUUUAGUUUACAUUAACUUUAUUGCAUAACUUUGUUGUGAAUUUUUACCCAAAAAAACAUGUCUCAAUAGUCAUUGCAGUCAGAAUAAAUGUUUACAAAAUGGUAUACAAACAAAUAA